UACUACGUCACAAAUUACCUCCCUUGCACCUGGCACACAAGUUGCACAAUUUACCAUUUUAGCAGAAAUUAAAUUGUUUUGCGGUAUAUCCACAAAUAUGGCAUCAGUUAAGUCAUCAAGGUUUGCCCUUCUUAAAAUUGAAGAUGACGAUUCUGACGACAGCCAGAAGAAAGAAGCGCAAUCGGGGAAGAAAAAUGCCGGCCAGGCGCAGAAAAAGAAAAAUAAGAAGAAAAGACAACAACAAAAUCAAGCAGAAAUAGAACAGACCAUCAGCUCUGAGGAAGACAGCAUUGCACUACAACAGGAUCUUGACCGCCUACAAGAGUGGGAGCAAGACUGGUUGAUGAUGUUUAAUCCCGACAAGUGUGAGAUGAUUCGCAUUACCAACAAGCGGAAAGUGAUAACUUGGUCCUAUGCCAUCCAUGGCCAAACACUCAAGCAGACGAACAAGGCAAAGUAUCUGGGUGUCACACUUGACAAUACACUUUCCUGGAACAGCCAUAUUGAGGCUACUGCAAAGAAGGCGAACACCACCACUGCCUUUCUACGCAGAAACUUAUCACACUGUCCACAGAACAUCAAGGCGACAUGUUACAAAACACUGGUUAGACCUCAGCUCGAGUAUGCUUCGUCAGUAUGGGACCCAUACACCAAGGCCAACAUCAGUAAGCUCGAGAACUGCCAACUAAGAGCAGCCAGGUUCUGCACAGGUGAUUAUCGUUACACCAGCAGCGUUACUGCAAUGAUGGAAGCUCUAAGCUGGGACACUCUAGAAGCCCGCCGUCAGCAAACCAAAGCAGUGAUGAUGUACAGAGUCAUUAUUAGCCUGGUGGAUAUCCGAGCCCAUCACAUACUGAUCCCUGCUGGAGUACACACCCGAGGCCAUGCCAACAGGUACAGAGAACUAUGUGAAAUACGACCCAGAGCUUUAUACAGUUUUGAUCCCCUAUUGGGCGCCAAACGUCACAGGUUGAAGCACUUAGCCUUUGGUGUGCCUUCCAGAAAUCACACUCACUCCGGAUCAGAGCAUCAUCAAGUCAAUGGUGGAAAAGUGCCAGACAAACAGUGGAAUGAAUGGCAGAAGAUGGAUGCUGAGUUUGCUGCUGACACGUUUGAGAAGGAUUUAGAACAGGCCCUUUUAAUGAGCAAACUAGAAAGUGAACAAACAAAACAGCAAGUUAAAAAUGGCACAGACAAACCCAAAGGUGAUGGUGAUGCAAAAGAGAGCAAAAAGAAGAAAAAGAAAGAGAAACAGGCUAUGUCCCUUGAAGAAUUUAAUAGACAAUCAGAGGAAAAGAAAACUCAUAUAGAUGAACUUGAUACUCCCCACUCAUCAGCCUCAGCAACUAAAGUGCCUCCGUCAGCCUCGGAUACAAAGUUUUUCGAUACAGUAGAAGAUGAUGUCAGUAGAAUACUCAGGCAAGAAAAAAUGCAAGAAGAAUAUAAAAAGCAAUAUGCAGCGGAAUCAGUUAUCACAGCCAAGUAUCAGGAACAGAUAUCAAGGAUGGAAAAAGAAAUACAGUUUUUAAAAGCAACAAUGAAAAAACAAGAGGAAGAAUUGAAACAAGUAAAGAAAAGAAAUAAACAGUUGUGUGUAAUUUUAGCUCAAGGUGAAAUGAAAGACAAAGCGGAGGUAUUAAUGCAGGUUGAUCAAUUAAAUGGGAUGAGAGAUGAGCUUACAGAACAGGUAUCGGAACUUACAGCAGAUUUAGAGAAAGAAAGAUCAAAAGUGCAUUCAUAUAAAUCAGAACUGGAUAAAUUAAAGGGGAAUAAACACAAGUGAUAAGAUUUGUCACCUCAGUAUGUUGUGAUGGUUAACAGCAGUGUGAGAAAAUAGUUCAAGGACCAGUGACAUAAUUAACAGACUAUUUUUACAAACGUUCAGAGUACAUGACAUUUAUCAUUUCAUUAAAAAGUUCAUAUGAGACUGCAACACAUGGGUCAUUUCAUUGAAGGCAUUAUUUCUCUCUUUUUCAUAAUAAAAUACUGAAAUGUU